GGUCACAUUUGGGUUCCUUUUGGUGUUACGGGAAAUCUUGCCCUCCAAUCUAUGUACACUUUAUCAGGUGGUCAGAAGAGUAGGGUCGCGUUCGCGAAGAUCACCUUCAAGAAGCCGCACAUUAUCCUUCUUGACGAGCCUUCUAACCAUCUUGAUCUCGACACAGUGGAGGCGCUCAUCCAGGGCCUGCUCAUAUUCCAGGGAGGAGUGCUGAUGGUGAGUCACGACGAGUAUCUGAUCACGGGGAGUGUGGAUGAGCUCUGGGCGGUGACGGACGGCAAGGUCGCCCCGUUCCCGGGCAUGUUCAAGGAGUACAAGAAGAUGCUCACGACAUAAACCUGAAAAAAGGACGGGACAUACGGGAAGAUGCCCACACAGACAUACAGAUACUAUAUGUAUGAUAUGUACUCCCUGGCAUUGGAAACUGAUGUAAUCUUAUGCUUGUCACCUACCUGAGGUUUGAAUGUUUGAGCAGACCUAUGCUACUACAGACAAUUUUGUUCCAACCUGCCUGAUAAUCUGUAUCGAGCUUGCAAUUUUCUUGGACAAGCU